CUACUUGACUAUUACUACGAAUAUGCAAAUCACCGUUUAAUGUAUAUGCAGAAAAUCACCGUUUGAUGUAUAUGUAAUUAACCGAAAAAGCUUUUGUGCGGGUGGAUAUAGCACAAAAGCUUUGAAAGUUUGCGAGUGCGUGAAAAAUGGGACUGGUCCGUUAUAGCCGUUGGGCUUCGCGCCUCAAAACAUUGAAUUCCCAAUGCAAGCCUUUCCUCUCCGCCACGUCCUCCUUCUCCUCCGGCACCACAGCCGGGAAUGAGAAUCCAGGUCGACCCGGACCGCCUCCGAUUCAAGUCGCGCUCACAGAGUCAUCCGGGCGCGGCGUCUUCGCUACCCGGAAAAUCGAGAACGGCGAGCUCAUACACACAGCCAAGCCCGUCCUGUCUCACCCUUCCCUCUCCACCGUCCACCGGGUCUGUUAUUUUUGUCUCAGAAAGCUCAGAAACACGGACACCUCCCAACCCCAACGUGUUUCGUUUUGCAGCGACGAUUGCAAAAAGAAAGCUAAGGGUUUUUAUGAUGUUGAGAUGAGAGCAGAUUGGUCAGUUUAUGAUGACUAUUGCAGGUCCCAUGGUUUGAAAUACCCACUUCUUGUAAAGCGGUUGGCUUGUAUGGUCAUGUCGGGAGCUGCACCUGCCAAUCUUCUUGACAUACUCCAACCUGCUAGCUUAUCCGCAGAGAUGAUUUCAGAGAUGGAAGCGGGGUUUGGCUUGCUAAGGAGUAUCUUCAGAAACUCAAAUAUCACGGAUGAACAGAUGUCAUUUUUAACUAAGCAAUGGUAUAUUGGCAUACUGGCACGCAUUCGCAUUAAUGCAUUUCGAAUUGAGUUGGUUGGGGGACUGUAUGAUGAUCUCCUGUCAUCCGCAGCAGCAUCUAUAGAUGCUGAAGCUGCUGUCGGGAAUGCUGUUUAUAUCCUUCCAUCGUUCUAUAAUCAUGAUUGUGAUCCAAAUGCCCACAUUAUAUGGAUAGAGAACACAGAUGCAAGAUUGAAGGCCCUACGCAAUGUGGAUGCAGGUGAAGAGCUCCGGAUCUGCUACAUCGAUGCAAGCAUGGAUCAUGGUGCCCGGCAGAGUAUACUGUCCCAGGGGUUUGGUUUUCAGUGCAGUUGCCUUCGGUGUCUGUCCGGUGAUUAAUGGUGUUUCUUGCAUCUGCCAUAAAAUUCGCUUCAAGAUAGUUUGUUGAUUGGUUUCAUAUUUAGUUUUUGGUUUCAAAGCCAUAUUUUUGGGCCAACCUUUUUAUAACCCCCCAUGUUAGAUGCCCUGAAAAUUUAAUGGUCUAAUAAGUUUGGGAUGCAAUGACAACAUGAUAAUUAAUAAUUCAGCACUCUAUUUUAGGACUUACAUGUAAUGGAUUUACCGUCAUCGUAACAUUAUGUUCUAAUAACACAUGACAUGUAUAAGUUUCUCAACA